AUGACUUCAAUCUUCAACCUUCCCCUUGAGAUGCUUUGGCAAUGUAUGGAUUAUAUGGAUCCAACAGGUCUCAGUCGAUUUGCGCGAACGUGCCAGGGUGCUCACCACUGUUCACGAGAGAAGUUGAGGCAGACAGCAAAAACAUACGCUCUCCCAUCCCAGGAUGUCUAUGAUGAAUAUCUGACGAAGGAGCAGGAUGGUAGAUACUAUGCACAUAUCUUUGGCGACCAAGAGAAUCCUCCCCGGGAACCCAUGGCCCAAACGAUCAUAGAUGGGCGGGUUGAUGCCCUGAAAGGAUUCCUCGAUGCCGGCGUAAGUCCCGAUUCCUACACCAUCAGUGGACAUCGAAUGCUCAGCGUGGCGAUUAUGCAUGAUCAAGUUGACUGCGCCAACCUUCUUCUGCAGUACCAGGCGAAUCCUCGCCUACCAGACCUCACCGGCAACAUCGACGUGGAAUGCAGGGUACCGUUCUACCAUGCGGCAGCCAGUUGCGGGAUGGGAGGCGAGGUGAUAUACUCUUUGAUUGAGGUCGGAGUCAAGAUCCCCUCCAUGAACGUCUUCCGCUUGAUCCGAAAUCGUCCCGAUGCUCUAGAUAUCUUGUCCUAUGCCGUUGAGUACGGGACGGAUCUUGGGAGUCUUACUGGACGGGACGGAUCGACAAUACUGCACAAUGCCAUUUACGAUUGGAUGGAGUUCUAUCCCUUCGUGCAGGAGGACGGGCGGCGAGUUUCCAAGCCCUUAGUAGGAGACCCUGAACUGAUAGAAUACAUCGUGAUCAACUAUCCGGAGCUUAUUGAUGAACAGAACCUCAUUGGCCAAACGGCUCUCCACAAAGCUUUGUGCUAUACCAAAAACAACCCCGGGAUUGCCGAGCAGUUGAUCGAACUGGAAUGUGCGGUUGGCAUUCCGGACGGAUGGGGUCGUCAGGAGUUACACUAUGCAGUCCAGCAACUCCAGGGCGAUGCCGAGAUUGUGCGUGCUCUGUGUAGGAGGUCAGAGGUCGACGUCAACGCAAUUGCCAACAUCAUUCCGUACGGGAGAGUGGAGCCUUUGCGAAUGGCGGUUUAUAAUGACUUACAAUCAAAUCUCGAGGUUGGCGUACACAUGUAUGGCAAGUGA